CCAAACUCAUCAUCAUCAUCAUCAUCAUCAUCAUCAUCUAUCUCUAGCUAAUUAGUCAUUUACUCAUCAUCAUGUUGUCUCUUCAUCAAGCUUCGCUCUAUAUUACUCUAAUCACCUUUUAUCUAUCACUUCUCAACUGUGUCAAUCUAAUCUCAGCUUCGGACUCAAAUUUAAACACUGGCUUUUGCACUCCAUACCCAUGUAACCAACCGCCUCAACCGCCUUCCUCUACAGGCUACUCUCCAUACGGUAAUCCUCCUCCCCCGCCUUCACAGCCUUCACCGUCUUCAUCACCACCUCCGCCGCCACGUUCUCACUGCCCUCCUGUUCCGGCGUCAGGCUGUUGCAACCAACCACCACCUUCCACAACGUAUUCUCCUCCUUAUCCUUACUUUUAUACUCCUCCUUAUCCUUACGGUACUCUCGGCGGUGGAGAAAACGGUGGCGGUCAAGGAGGAGGAGCAGGAUAUGGUGGUGGCCAAGGAACCGGAGCAGCGGUGUCUUGCUAUUCUUCUUCCGUGCCGGCUUAUGUUUUGAUGUUUGUCUUAUCUUUAUGCUUUUGUUGGGCAUAGAAUUUAGACAAAACAUUAGCUCUAUCAUCAUGAAGCAACCUUCCUUUUAUGUUAUUAUCUCAAAUUUUUUUGUUUGUAAUAAUUUCAAAGUAAAUUCUAAUAAAAGGAAUUAUCAUCGUCA